UAUUUCUUGGUGGAAUAUUGCUUUUGAUAAAUCAUAUGUUCUUUUUUAUUCGAAAAGAGAACAAAAAGAAAAAUUUGAUACUUUAGAGCAUUCUAAAAUUAUUCCCUAUUAUGAUUUUUUUAAAUGUAAAUGUGGUACUCGACCAUAUCUUGGAGAUGAUUUAAAACGAGAAUUUCAUCCUCAUCUCUGGCAAUAUGAUCCUCGACAUAAAGAUGCCAAAUGUACUUUUAGAAGUUGGUGUAAAUAUUUUAAAUUAUUACAAUCAGUUGAUAAAACUUUACUAAAGAAAGAACGAUUAGUAAAUCUUAAUCAAAAAGGAUCUUUAAUGAGGAUAAAGAAAAUGUUUCGAGAAAGAAAACUUGAUUAUGAAUUUAUUUUUGGAUUAAAAGUUUUAAAGAAACUGGAUCUAUGA